AUGGACGGCGCAGGUGGCAAUCCCGGCGAUGGUGGCUUUGAUCCAUGUGAAUGCAUUAAUAUGUUUCAAAUGAAUCAUGAACGUGCCAUGACUCGUUUGACUGAUAUGCUCCGUAAUGCUCAAACAACAUGUACUGAUACGGAAUGUUUUACUGGUCCAUUACCUGGCGCACCAAAUACUGGUGGUAAUACAGGAUUUACUAAUAUGUAUAUAAUGUUAGCUAUUUGGUUUGCUAUUGCUUUAUUAUUAUUUUUAUUUCGACCACGUAAUCUUCGAAAUAAUCGUGAAGAUCUUCGUAAACCAACUAAUCAAGGCCCAAAUCGUGAUAAUCAAGAUCCACCAGGACCAGAAGUACAAUAG